CCAAGCCAAUUCAAGCAAGAACAAAGGAAUUAGGGGCUGUUCUUACCCAAAAAAAAUGCCCAGAAAUCACCCAUAAUCAAGAGCAGUCGGCGGAAGGACAAAGCAGAGCAGGGCAGAUCCGGCUUUUCCAGUAGGGGGGAAAGAUUUCUGGGUUCUAGGUGUGUUCUAGAGCAAGAAAGGAAGGAGAAAACCAAGCUUAUCUCACCGGUUUCUCAAAGGCAUGGCUGGGUUCCCCUUUUUUUUUUUUCGGGUGGCUACAACAGGAAGAGAUGAGCAGAAUCGGGAAAUGGCUGGGGAAGAAAGAAGGAAGGAAAAAUGGGAGGUUUAUAACACUGGCCAUGACUAAUAGAGGAGACCACUACGUGAUUUUACUUGCAUUAAUGAUUUGUUAUUGAAACGCUUUGUUCAUGUUUCAACCGAUUAUUUGGCAUGCUUUAAACUUUGAUGUUGGGCCCCCAUGUUUACUUACUGAGAUAUUUCUAUCUCACGGUUUCCUUGUUCACCAUUUCAGGUAGUGAGACUCGACGCGUGGCAAGCCCGGGGGAGUGACGAGCUAGACGGCUAGGCACUUUUGGACUUAGGUUUUUUUGUAGCUAAGCCGUUAGUCACCCAUGCUUGACAUAGAAAAUUUUGUGUACGGAAUUUAGUGUUAAUCAUGAUUGUAUAUAUGAAGUGAUAAAUUUUGUACAUUCGACUGGUAACUAUUUGGUAAAUUAAAAGGCUUAAAUCUGAAUUGCUAAGUAAGAACUCAGUAGGUCUCGAGCCUUGUGCAUUUGUGGGCCCCGCUCACGAGUGCACGGCGUCUAUUUCGCUCUUGGUUUGGGGCGUGACAAAUUUUGUGGUAUCAGAGCCUAGUCCCGGAAGUGAAAACUUGCCGGGAAAUUUCUCGUGGGAGCAAUUGAUUAAUAGUCUAUAAACCAUCAAUGGCCCAACGUGCUCGUCCGGCUCAGCUUACUUGCCACGUUUGUGGGAAGGUUGGGCACACCCGGGAUUAAUGCCACACUGUUAUUGGGGUUUGCUUCAAAUGUGGCAAGCAGGGACAUCGGAUUGCAAAUUGUCCACUACUAGACCCCAAAGCCUAGAGUACUCAGCCUACCUCUCCGCAGAGUUCUACCAGUCAGGGGGCGCAGAAACAGAGUACCGGGGUUCGGACGAGAGCCCAGCAAGCGAGAGUACAAGUGAUGACUCAUAAGGAAGCUGCGGCCACCGACGUAAUCACGGGUACCUUGCCUGUUAACUCUGAUUAUGCGCAUGUUUUAUUUGAUUCGGGUGCGUCGCACUCUUUUAUUGCUCGAUCUUAUGUUUUGAAACGAGCUUUGCCUGUUGAUACCUCUGAUUGUGAACUGCAUGUGGACACCCCUUUAGGAGGGGUGAUGACUACUAGGGAGAUGUGUAGGACUAUAGAUAUUUAUAUUGAUGGUAGACAGCUGAGUGCUAGUCUGUUUGUGUUAGAUAUCUCCGAUUUUGAUAUCAUUUUGGGGAUGGAUUGGCUGUCAAAACACUUUGCCUCUAUAGACUGUCAUCGGAAAUGGGUAAUUUUUAAUAUUCCUGGUGAGCCAGAAUUUAGUUUUCAAGGCAGUGGUUCUUUUGCUCUACCCGUGUUAGUAUCUGCCUUGCAAGCUCAGAAAUAUCUUGUAAAUGGUUGCCAAGGUUUCCUAGUCUCCGUUAUUGAUGCUAGUAGUGUGACAUUGAGACUAGAAGACAUACUAGUGGUGCAUGAGUUUCCGGAUGUAUUUCCGGAGGAUCUCCCAGGUUUACCUCCGGAUAGAGAGGUUGAAUUUGCCAUUGACCUUGUUCUUGACACCGGACCCGUUUCCAAAGCACCAUACCGUAUGGCUCCUGCAGAAUUGAAGGAGUUAAAGAAGAAGGAUGGGAGCAUGAGGCUAUGCAUUGAUUACCAGGAAUUGAAUAAGGUGAAGAUUAAACCGGAUGAUGUGCCAAAGACUGCCUUUCGCACCCGUUAUGGUCAUUAUGAGUUUAUAGUCAUGCCAUUUGGCUUGACAAAUGCCCCUGCCAGAUUUAUGGAUUUGAUGAAUCGGGUGUUUAGCAAGUACCUAGACCAGUUUGUGGUUGUCUUUAUUGACGACAUUUUGGUUUACCCUGCUAGCCAUGCUCUUCAUGAGAAGCACUUGAGGACAGUCCUCGAGACGUUGAGAAGGGAGAGGCUGUUUGCUAAAUUCAAGAAGUGUGAAUUUUGGCUAGACAAUGUUGCAUUUCUAGGUCACGUGGUGACUAAGGAUGGAAUCUCUGUUGACCCCCAGAAAAUUGAGGCCGUGGUUGAUUGGAAGAGGCCAAAUAGUGUUGCAGAAAUCCGUAGUUUUCUGGGAUUGGCUAGUUAUUACCGCCGAUUUGUGGGGGAUUUCUCUAGAAUUGCUCUGCCCAUGUCUCGUCUUAUUAGAAAAGACACCAAGUUUGAGUGGACCCCAGAGUGUGAGAAGAGCUUUUUGACCUUGAAGGAGAAGUUGAUCAUUGCUCCUGUACUUGCACUUCCAAUUAAUGGGGAAAAAUUCACUAUAUAUAGUGAUGCCUCUAAAAAGGGUUUGGGAUGUGUCUUGAUGCAAAAAGAUAGGGUUAUUGCAUAUGCUUCUCGGCAGUUAAAGCCUUAUGAAGAAAAUUACCCUACCCAUGAUCUGGAGUUGGCAGCUGUGGUAGCAGAUGCGCUGAGCAGGAAGUCCUCUGGCACUGCCUCUAGCAUCCUUGCCACUCAGAAGGAGUUACUUGAGGAUCUUGUGAAACUGGAUGUGGAGUUGAGAGUGGACAGCACUACGGCUUAUCUAGCCACCCUCAGUGCACAACCGGCCUUAAUAGAUAGAAUUAAACUUGCCCAACAAAAAGAUUCCUUCUUGCAGAAGAUGAAGGAAAAAGUAGGAGUCGAGGAACCCCACAUGCAAGAAUUCAGGAUUUCUGAUGAUGAGAUUCUGUGGUUUGGUGACAGGCUGUGUGUACCAAGAGACCAUGCUUUAAGGCGUGAGAUUAUGGGAGAUGCCCAUUAUACUAGCUAUACAAUCCACCCAGGGAGCACCAAGAUGUAUCGUGAUUUACGUAGUACAUUUUGGUGGCAGAACAUGAAGAGGGAGAUAGCUAGAUUUGUCUCACAAUGCUUGACUUGCCAGAAGUGGAAGUGGGAAAACAUCACCAUGGACUUUGUGACUGGAUUACCACGAACCUUAAAGGGUAAUGAUUCCAUUUGGGUCAUCGUUGAUCGAUUGACCAAAUCAGCUCAUUUCUUACCUUACCGGACUGGCACCUCCAUUGAAAAGCUUGCUAAUAUGUACAUGGAGGAGGUAGUCAAACUACAUGGAGUCCCUGUGUCUAUUGUGUCAGAUAGAGAUACCAGAUUUUUGUCUCAUUUCUGGACUAGCUUACAGCAGGCACUCAAUUGGAAGGGUUCGUGGGAUCAACACUUAUCCAUGGCUGAAUUUGCGUAUAAUAAUAGUUAUCAGUCUAGAAUCCGCAUGGCACCGUUUGAGGCUUUGUAUGGUCGAAGGUGUAGAUCACCUGUUUGUUGGACAGAAGUGGGCGAAAGGAGCAUUUUAGGCCCAGAAUUGGUGCAGCAAUCUUCUGAGAUUGUGCAGUUGAUCAAGGAACGCCUUCAUGCUGCACAAAGCAGGCAGAGAAGCUAUGCGGAUAGAAGGAGACGAGACCUUGAGUUUGGCAUCCGGGGAAAAUUGAGUCCGAGGUAUAUUGGACCAUAUCCUAUCUUGGAAAGGAUUGGCGAGGUAGCUUAUAAAUUGGAGUUGCCUGGAAAUCUAGCGGGUGUUCAUGAUGUGUUUCAUGUGUCUUUACUUCGGAAGUAUGUUCCCGACCCGAAUCACAUCAUUAAUCCUGAACCAAUUCAACUCCGGGAGGAUCUUACUUAUGACGAGCACUCGAUCCGCAUUUCAGAUUUCAAGGAGAGAAUAAUGCGGAGAAGGACCAUUCGUUUUGUUAAGGUCUUCUAGGACAACCAUUCGGUUGAAGAAGCUACUUGGGAGUUGGAAUCCAAGAUGAGGCAGGAACAUCCGCACCUCUUCCAAGAUUGAGGUAUGAGUUUAGGGGACUAAACUCCUUUUUAGGAG